CUUAUUCUCGGGAGGCUGUUUCUUACCGGAAGGGAUGGGAUGGCGGAAGAGGACGUCACUGACACGGGCUCUGGGUCCUACCGCAAAUUGGUUCCCCCAUAGACCUGACUUCAUAUUGGCAAGUAAAACAAGCUUCUUCAGUAUGAUUGCAUUGGCAGAAAAAGACAGGCCUGUUGCUCAGAUGCUGCUGGAUUUUGGAGCAUGCCCACGAUGUGUUUUCCGACUCUGCCAUGUAGGGUUGCAGGCGUCAUACAAGCGUCCCCACAAGGAAUUGCUUAAUGAAUUACUCGAGUUCCUGGAGAGCAAUAAAGAUGAGGACCAAUUGUCUUGUGAAACAGCAAAACCGCCAUGUAAGAGAAUCAAACUGGAGAGCAACAAAGAAGAGUCUGAAGAGCAGGCCCCAAAUGGAAGCCAUCAGCCGACCGAAGUGGGAGAUGAUGGGAUUCUUGCUGCAGAUAACUCAAGGCCAGCCGUGUGCAGUGUUUGCCUGGGAAUUCUCCAGGAGCUCUGUGAGAUGGAUUUUGUCAAAGCAGUGUGCCACAAGAUUAAUUCUUCGGAAUACCAGUUCUCCAGCUUUGUGUUCUCCGUGUCUUUCCCGCCACAGCUCUCUGUCAGAGAGCAUGCUGCAUGGCUGCUGGUGAAAAAGGAACUGGGGAAACAGGGCCUUCUAGUGGACAAAGAUGACAUCGUUCAGCUGAAAGAAGCCUACAAAUGGAUCAUCCAUCCCCUGUUUCUGGAGGAGUUAGGAGUCCCUGCUGAUGGGAAGAGCCUCUUUGAAGUGAGUGUGGUCUUUGCACAUCCCCAAACAGAUGAGGACUGCCGUUUUUUAGCCACUGCCUGUCCAAGUUGCUUCAAACCAGCAAAGAACAAGCAAUCUGUCUUCACCAGAAUGGCCGUCAUUAAGGCUUUGGAGAUGAUCAAUGAGGAAGAUUUCCAGAAAAACUUUCUAUGCCCUCCAGCUUCUCCCAAGACUCCUUGCACAGCUGUUGACAUCCAGUGUACCAACGGGGCAGUCUUUGUGGCUGGGAGAUAUAACAAAUACUCAAGAACGUUACCUCAGACUCCCUGGAUUAUAGAUGGAGAGAGGAAGAUGGAAUCUUCAGUGGAAGAAUUGAUCUCGGAACACCUCGUCACUCUCUUCAAAGCAGACAGUUUUAACUUUUCAUCCUCUGGAAGAGAAGACGUGGAUGUGAGAACGUUAGGCAAGGGAAGACCCUUUGCCAUUGAGCUGGUGAAUCCUCGGAGGGUCCAUUUGACUGCAGCAGAAAUGAAGGAGCUUCAGCAGACAAUCAAUAGCUCAUCAGACAAAGUCCAAGUUCGUGAUUUACAGCUUGUCACCAGGGAGGCUAUUAGGCACAUGAAGGAGGGAGAGGAAGAGAAGACCAAGACCUACAGUGCCUUAAUAUGGACGGAAAAAGCGAUACAGUGUGAAGACAUCACCUUUCUAGACAACAUGAAGGAAUUGAAGCUCAACCAGAAAACCCCUCUGCGGGUUCUUCAUCGCCGACCUCUAGCGGUUAGAGUUCGCAUCAUCCACAGCAUGCAGUCAGAGUACAUAGAUGAGCACCAUUUUCGUCUCCACCUGAAGACUCAGGCAGGGACUUACAUCAAAGAAUUUGUCCAUGGAGACUUUGGGAGAACCAAGCCCAAUAUUGGCUCCCUGUUCGGGACAACUGCCGACAUCUUGGAGCUGGAUGUAGAAUCUGUGGAUGUUGAUUGGCCUCCAGCUCUGGACAAUUAAUGUACAAGAUGAAGAUGGCGAAGAGUGAUGGUCUCUCCAGUGACUGAUUAGAGCACAGUAGUCUCUAUUUUGUAAGCUGUCCAGCGUCACUUUUAUUGUUAAACUUUGUAGAUCAUGUUGAUCUGUCGAAGCUGUUUUUUGUUUUUGUUUUAAAUUGGCUUUUAAAAUUCAGGAAGAGUACCUGGUACUCCUGACUGACUUGCAGACAUAAAGUAAAUGCAGACCUGCCUGGUACAGAUACCACACUGGAGACAGGAUAAUUCCUCAAGAGACAAUUAUUUUGAUUUUCCAUGUAGAGACUUGGAAAGGGCUAGAUCUGGGUACCAGAUAGCUCAGGUGCAGAUUUUAAUCCCUACUUUCCUGGGGAUUAUGCUUUCCUGAGAGAUCCUUGGCUCCUUGUACCCGAAAAAGGAGAAAUGGCUUCUCCUCUGUCCUAGCAAAAGCCGUUUUGUUUUGUUUUGUUAAUCCAGAUACCUUGGUGCUUGCACCGUUUGGAUAAACAGUUGUAAACGUUUUUUUAAAAAAUAAUCUGCAUCAUCACCUUCUGUUGCUGUGCGACUAACACUGCAGGAAGUGGAAGGAAGGGCCCCAAAACACAUUGUACAUCAAAAGCCAGGACUAACACACACGGUGGUGUGGCACAGUUGGAGGCUCUGUGGCCGAGACCAGCAACAGCUGUGCAGUCCAGAGCCUGGUGCUUAAUGCAGUUUGCAUCACUGGCUUGCCUCGACAUGCAGCCACCACUCAACAGACUUUCUGAUGUUUACCAAAUCGGGCAUGGCCUUAAAUAAGCACCUCUGCCAUUACAUUGACAGUAGAGGAAAGCUGUGUUUGCUGGAAGCAGGAGGUUCUUCGGUCAAGCUGUGCCUCUGCUUGCCUUACCUUUUGGGGGAGGAACCCGCAAUGCAAAGACACCAAACCGUUUGCAGUUUUUCAGGCAGUGAUGAGAUUUGGUGGUGAUAUGUUAUGGAGCAAGAAAAAGAAGAAGAUGGGAAUCAUGUGAAAUGCAAAGGACGUUGCAGUGUGAGUCUUGACUUUGCACAAAAAGCCUCCAGAAUUUUGUUUUUUAAUAAAGAAAAUAAACUUAUCCUUUUUAUAUAUUAAAUAUAUAUAUAUCUUA